UUAAUUUUAUGCCUGUCGCUGAGUGCGUGAUUGCUGCUCAAGUUCAAAAGUCUUAGAAAUGUUGCGCAACAGCCUAAUAGGCAGUCUCCGACAGAUAAAACCCAUCCUUUGCAGCCAAUCUUUGCGAUCGCUCUCAAAUGGAGCAAACUCGGGUCUUACCACGAUCGAAGUGGACGACAAGAGUGGGAUUGCCACAUUAUCGAUGAAUCUGCCGCCCGUAAACACUCUCACCUUGAAUCUGAUGCAUGAUCUAAUUGAUUCCAUAAACCAGAUUGAGUGCAACAAGAGCCGUGGGCUCAUUUUGACGUCGAGCAAUGACAAGGUUUUCUCCGCUGGACUUGACCUCAAAGAGCUGUACAAACCCGAUCAGGAGAGGUUGAAGGAAUUCUGGACGAUCUUCCAAGACCUGUGGCUGGCCCUGCAUCUCUGCGGCAUUCCCACAGCAGCGGCCAUUAAUGGUCAUGCGCCUGCCGCUGGUUGCAUUAUGGCCACGGCCUGCGAAUACCGUGUCAUGCUGCCGGAUUUCGUCAUCGGAGUGCAUGCCACGCGGUUUAGUUUCCUCGUCUCCAAGUGGAUGAUGCUCUCCUACCAGAGUGUGCUGCCACGGAGAAUUGUCGAGCGGGCGCUGAACCAAGGUAAGCUAUUCAGCACUCAAGAGGCCCUGGAGGUGGGUCUUAUCGAUGAGGUAGCCGGCAGCAAAAAGGAGGCCCUGGCUCAAUGUGCUGCCUUCAUUGGCACCUUUGACAAGGCCAAUCCCAUUGCCAGAACACUGACCAAGCGAAUGUGUCGGGAUUCCGAUGUCACCGAGUUGCUCAGGGAUCGUGCCGGAGACCUACGUGCCUGUGUGGACUACAUCAAUACUCCCCUGUUCCAAGAGGGACUGAGCGCCCACCUCGAGGGCCUCAAGGAGAAAAAAUAGAAGAAAUAGCAUCAAACUGAUGCUGUCCAAAAUGCUGCAUUUAUUGAAAUUUAUAUUAAACUGUUACUCCCAAAACUA